AUCCUCCUCCUCCCCCCUGUGUAGUUAUAAAAGUGUGUGUGUCACACACUCCCCUUACUACACUCACAGAGAUCUCAUUAUAGGUGCCCUGUGAGAUCCUGCAAGUUUCAACUUCUCCUCCUUAAAGGACAAUCCAAACUGCACAAUGCGCGAGUGUAUCUCUAUCCACGUUGGCCAGGCUGGUGUCCAGAUGGGCAACACCUGCUGGGAGCUGUACUGCCUGGAGCACGGCAUCAUGCCGGACGGGUGCAUGCCCGAAAAGAAAAAAACCGGAUCCCACGACGACUCCUUCACCACCUUCUUCAGCGAGACCGGCACCGGGAAGUACGUCCCCAGAGCCAUCUUUGUGGACCUGGAGCCCACUGUGAUCGAUGAGAUUCGUACGGGGAUAUACCGCGGGCUCUUCCACCCCGAGCAGAUGAUCACAGGGAAGGAGGAUGCCGCGAACAACUACGCCCGAGGUCACUACACCGUCGGGAAGGAGCACAUUGACUCUGUGCUCGACAGGAUCCGCAAACUGUCUGACCAGUGCACCGGGCUGCAAGGGUUCCUGGUCUUCCACUCCUUCGGAGGGGGCACCGGCUCCGGCUUCACCUCCCUGCUGAUGGAGCGCCUCUCGGUCGACUUCGGCAAGAAGUCCAAGCUGGAGUUCGCCAUCUACCCGGCUCCUCAGGUGUCCACCGCCGUGGUGGAGCCCUACAACUCCAUCCUGACCACCCACACCACCCUGGAGCACACCGACUGCGCCUUCAUGGUGGACAACGAGGCCAUCUACGACAUCUGCCGCAGGAAUUUGGACAUCGCCCGUCCGUCUUACACUAACCUGAAUCGCCUCAUCAGCCAGAUCGUCUCCUCCAUCACCGCCUCCCUGCGCUUUGACGGCGCCUUGAACGUGGACCUGACGGAGUUCCAGACCAACCUGGUGCCCUACCCUCGUAUCCACUUCCCCCUCGCUACCUACGCCCCUGUUAUCUCCGCAGAGAAGGCGUACCACGAGCAGCUCACUGUGGCCGAGAUCACCAACUCCUGCUUCGAGCCGGCCAAUCAGAUGGUGAAAUGCGACCCUCGCCACGGUAAAUACAUGGCCUGCUGCAUGCUGUACCGCGGAAACGUGGUGCCCAAAGACGUCAACGUCGCCAUCACCAACAUCAAAACGAAGCGCAGCAUCCAGUUUGUGGACUGGUGUCCCACAGGCUUCAAGGUGGGCAUCAACUACCAGCCGCCCACCGUGGUGCCCGGAGGAGACCUGGCCAAGGUGCAGAGGGCCGUGUGCAUGCUGAGCAACACCACCGCCAUCGCAGAGGCCUGGGCGCGGCUCGACCACAAGUUCGACCUGAUGUACGCCAAGAGGGCAUUCGUGCAUUGGUACGUCGGAGAGGGGAUGGAGGAGGGGGAGUUCUCAGAGGCCAGAGAGGACAUGGCCGCCCUGGAGAAGGACUACGAAGAGGUCGGCCUCGACUCGUUUGAAGAAGACGAAGAAGGGGAGGAGUAUUAAAAACAGAAGUAUUUUGAAUAAAGUGUUUUAUGGAAAGGGUAAUGAUUGUCCUCCAGCAGCAGUCUCAGUGUUCAUGUGCAGUUUAACGACCGCUGUGUCGACCUCUAAUAAACACUAACGCUGCUGCCGAGCAGCUCGAUCCCGUUGAGUUUGGUAUUUUGCAAAAUGACUCCAAUGAGAGAGAAUGUGCCUUUACUUCCUUUUCUAAAUAAAGAUGUUUACACCAAC